CACUCGGAAAUCGGUUUCGUUUGAGAAGCGGUUCAUUCGGACGCGGCUCAUUUAAGUAUUCACACUGCACGCGCAGCAAUUUACCAGUUUUUUUUUUCAUGUAGUAGAAUAGAUAUUUAAUGAGCUACUGUUGUUUAUCACACUUUUUAUAUUUGAGUUAAAUGUUACGAUGUGCAAACCCAUCACACAGUAAACGAAACUCCAAUACUGAAGUCUCUCUCACGUUCAUGUGACGUACAAACGCCGGGGAAUCGGUUCUAAUGAACGAGUCGGGCUUCAGUGAAGCAUGAGUUUGAUUCAGCGUACAGGCACACAGCUGAACAUAAACGAUGAUGCAGUAUUCAAGACCCUGAAUUCAAUUUGGAGUUAUUUUUCUACAAAAAGGAAGAAGCAAAUAAUUGUCAGAGGACGUGUUGGUCUUGACUAUAAAAAAAAAAACAACAUCAGCAAACAUUGUUCCCCACUGACGAACAGAGAGACUGAGUGGUACUUCAACACAAGUUAUUUCUGUUGUGUGGACUCCCCCCACCAUUUCCUGUGUAGGCCAACAUCCUUUCGUGUCUCAAGUUUGAGCUACUGUUAACACAGAAUUGCUUUAAAAUGAGAAUAAAGUAUACAAAGUUCUUCCUUGUAGCGUUAGCUAGCAGCCUUUGCCUUGUCAUAUUCUAUUCCAAGCUAAAGGAUAUGACACACUCUCAAAGAGACUUGACUGAAAUGUCAUCAGUGAAAACAGCCACCCCUCAAAAAUCCACCACUGUCAGAAAGAUAUACAAAAGUGUGACACCAAAUAAACUUCCACCACUCACUAUUUCUGAGGACUUCAGAAAGGACAUUCCAAAAAAUGGUGCUUUCUGGAACAGAAAACUUCAUUCUCUUCUCAGGCAUUUCGACAUCGCUGAAAAUCAAACCCACAAGGACCCGCGCAGCAGGUUUCGCUGUCGGCCUGAGAGUUUCGAGUUACUGCAAACAAACAUUCAGGAUGUUCAGUCAUACCCCCUACUCUACAGGGACUUCCUUAAAGGCAUGGAAUGUCGAGAUCCACCAAUUCUUAUCGAUCAGCAUAGCAAGUGUGUGUUGGAGAAGGAAAAGGAUCGAAUUUUCCUUCUCUUUGCAAUUAAAUCCACCCCGAAGCACUUUGAGAGGCGUCAAGCCAUUCGAGAGACCUGGGGAAGAGAAGGGUCAUAUGAUAAUGGGGUGCAGGUGCGAACGGUCUUUCUGUUGGGUCGAUCAUCUGUGGAUGAUCCCAGUCUUGACAAACUGGUUUCGUUGGAGGCUCAGCAGUUUCAAGACCUUCUUGUUUGGGAUUUUCAGGACUCCUUUUUGAACCUGACUCUCAAGGAGCACGUGUUCUUCAAAUGGAUGCUUGAUCGCUGUCCUUCUGUUUCUUUCAUUUUUAAGGGCGAUGAUGAUGUUUUUGCCAACACUCAAUCAAUACUGAAUCAUCUACAGUCUCUAGACCCCACACAGGCCUCAUCUUUGUACACUGGGCAAAUCAUUGCGGAAGCCAGCCCCUUACGAGACCCUAAAAUCAAAUAUUAUGUUCCUCAAUCGUUCUAUGAAGGUCCUUACCCUCCUUAUGCUGGUGGUGGUGGAUUUCUCUUUUCUGGCAACUUAAUCCCAUCUCUUUACCAUGUUUCCUUCUACAUACCCUUCUUCCCUAUUGAUGAUGUCUACACAGGGAUGUGCUUCAAAGCACUUGGAAUCAGUUCAGCGAUACACAGUGGUUUCAAGACAUUUGACAUUCGGGAACAGGAUCGGGAGAAUGCAUGUGUACACCAAGACUUGCUCCUGGUGCACAAACGCAACCCUCAGCAGACCAUGAGACUGUGGAGGAAUAUGCACAGCUCCAUGCUAACCUGCUGAGAAGUCACUGGUAGACUGCCGUGGUCAACUUUAAACAGGUUGUUGUGUUCAGAUGUUGUGCUUUAUGUAAAUUCUGAAACCAAUUUUUAAGACCUGUUGGCAAGUAUAAGCUGGUAAAAGCCUGUUUCUGGGUCAAAAAUGGAGUCUAGUCCUUAAAUAUCUCUAUGUAAUUCUAGUCCAGGUUUUGGAAUUUGAGGAUUUUGUGAGGUCUAUGGAUGGUCUUUUUUUUUUUUUUUUUUUUUUUUUUCCUUUGGUGUGUUUUCUGAUGGGUUGAGGUGACUUUGCUAUAUUAUAUUUAAAGAUUGUACAUGAGAGAAAAUAAAAGAAAAACUGUGAUCUAAUGCAAUUUUACCAGCAUGGUGUCCACCACUAAUGUUUCUACUUUAGUUCAACUGUACAUCUUGACCUUUUACAGGUUAACUUAAACAGCCUGUUAUCAUAAAAAUGACUGGUGACAUUUUUGCGAAAUAUUACGUGGUUCCUUACACGUAUCGUGGCAGUUUUGAGGUGAAAUGUUAAUUUUUCUCUCAAACAGAUGGUGUUUACAGUUAGUGCUCUAUCGAUGUUUUAAAUCAACGAAACCUACCUCCCUACCCUAAACCUUCAACCUAAACCUAACCGAUAGUCUCAUAAAAGCAGACGUGACAUAAAAAAUGCAAUUGCUGAAGGAAACCUGUAAUUUUGCGGUGCUACUAUGAGACUUUUGACUUGCGUGUUGACUAGCGUGCUCUUCAGGACUCGUGAACAGGAUCCGAUACUUUGCAUCGUAAGUGCACUGCUCUAUCAGUUAAACUAUGAAAUGCGCUAUAGUAAAAGUGUUAAGAUGUCAUAAUGUAGCACUGUGUGAGGAACGGCGAAAAUUAUGUGUUUUUGAACCAAUAGCAUACUGUGUGCUCGUGAUUUUUAAAAAACGGGAAGUAACGGGAUUCUAUACUUAAAUGAUUUACUUCAAAAUGAAAAUUGUAUUUAUUUACUCACCCAAACCCAAUGUUCCAAACCUAUAUGAAAAUUCUGUGGAUCUUUUUGUUAAAUCUUAAUGUAUGAACAAAUUCUCUCUUUCAUACAGUGACAACUUCUGUACAACAUAGUAACACCAUAAAAGUACCAUAUACGUAGUCCAUAUGACUUGUGUGUUGUAUUCAAAGUCUUUUGAAACCAUACGAUAGCCUUGUAUGACGAACAGGCCAAAAUCGAGUAAUUAUGUAAGGGAUAACAUACAGUCAGCUGAUCGUUAUCACAAAUUAAGAUUUUGUAUCACCCUGAAGGGGUUUAUUUUGCGAUUUAAUGCCCAGCUGACUGUACAUUAUCUCACUUAUUACACAGCUACCUACUAAAUAAAUAUAUGGACAUGAAAUAUUGAUUUGCAUUAAAUUAUGUUAUAUGAGAAGAAAGAAAUUGCUGAGGAUCUAGAAACAGCUGAAUUCCACCUCCAGUUUACCUCAGUUCUAUUGGUAUUUAUUUUGCGAAAAUUAUUGUCUGACUGCUCAUUAUCCCACUUAUUACAACACUACUUGCCAAAUAAAUAAAUGGACAUUAAUUGAUUUGAGGAAUUAUUUAAAAAAAUUACUUGUAGAGAUCACAAUGAUACAAGAUGUAGGAAAGAUGACUCGCAAAUCCUGAUGAACAGUCUGAUGUGUUUUUAAUCCCCUGAUGUGUGGUUGUUGUUAAAAUAAUAUUCCAGGUUCAAUACACAAGUCUAAAUUUAUUUGUGGUAAUCAAGAUUAUGCCACAAAUGCUGUCGACUAAGCUUAAAGCUAGGGCGUGCAAUCUUUUCCAGAAACAUUUUUUUGUUAUACUAGUUGAAAGUCUCUUCACAUCCUGAUAGCAAUCAAUAAUUUAAGUGG